CCUGAACUUUCCCAGUGAAUACAGCAGCCUGACAGCCCGGCUUCCCGCUGGGUGGAUCCUGCAACUCCAGGAGGGAAUGGCACUUCUUGUUUUUAAUUAGCAAAGGUGAAAGGUGAAUUAAAACUAGCUGUUUGGCAAGUCAGAGCAAGGGGCUGACUUCUGAGGAGCACCAAGGAGGAGGGUGCUUUCUCCUUUUUUCCGUGUUUUUUUUUUUUUUUUUUCCCUCCCUCCCUCCUUCUCUGAAUGAAUUGCCUUGCAGGAGGGACUGAAAAUACAGCUUCUUCCUGAAUCCACUGGCAGAGUUACUAAAGACAGCUCAAGACACAACACUGCAGAGUAACGCCUUGGAAUGUCCUUGCACUUUAUAAACAAUUGUCCUAGGGAGGGAAUAUUUUUACAUGACAUUUGCACAGCUUGACAAAUGGCUAGCUGAGGCUGUGUGCUGCUCUGAUGAACGUUGAAUUUCCCACAGAGGCACCCCCCAAACUGACCAAAGAGAGAGAUCUAACUGCACUGGCAAAGUGGAAGUGGAAGUUGGAGCCUUAAAAACACCCCAGCAAAACAGCAAACAAACAGCAGCAGUUCAGUGAAGAGAGCAAGAAAUUUAUCUUGGGCAGGAUGGCAUCUGCUCAGGACCUUCUCAUCCUGGCACUGUAUGGCUUGUUACUCGAGCUACCAGCUGGAUGUCACGCAGCAGAUACGAGGCAGCCGAGGUUACGUCUGUCACAUAAAGAGCUCUGGGAUUUAAACAGGACGUCAGUCUUUCGUAGCCCGUUUGGAUAUCUUGGACUGCAUGUAAUGCUGCUGGAUGAGUAUCAAGAGCGACUGUUCGUGGGAGGAAGAGACCUCUUGUAUUCCCUCAGUUUGGAUCGAAUCAGCGACAACUACCGAGAGAUCCAUUGGCCUAGUACACCUCUGCAGGCAGAAGAAUGCAUAAUUAAAGGAAGAGAUGCUGAUGAAUGUGCAAAUUACAUCCGUGUCCUACACCGAUACAACAGGACCCAUCUUCUGGCUUGUGGAACAGGAGCUUUUGAUCCACUCUGUACUUUUAUAAGAGCUGGACAUCCUUCAGAGGAUCAUCUGUUUCAACUGGAAUCGCACAAAUUUGAGAGAGGACGAGGCAGGUGCCCUUUUGACCCCAGUUCUUCCUUCACCUCCAUCUUAAUUGGUGGUGAACUUUUCAGUGGUCUCUACAGCGACUACUGGGGAAGAGACGCCGCGGUGUUUCGCUCCGUGAACCGCGUGGCCCACCUUCGCACCGAGCCUGACAAUGAGCGCCUGCUGAAAGAACCAAAAUUUGUUGGCUCAUACAUGAUUCCUGACAAUGAAGACCACGAUGAUAACAAAGUAUAUUUCUUCUUUACUGAGAAAGCUUUGGAAGCUGAGACAAGCACUCAUGCCAUAUAUACCAGAGUGGGACGUGUAUGUGCGAAUGACAUGGGAGGCCAGCGAGUGCUUGUCAAUAAAUGGACCACUUUCCUCAAAACAAGACUAGUUUGUUCUGUGCCUGGGAAAAAUGGAAUUGAUACACAUUUUGAUGAAUUAGAGGAUGUGUUUUUGCUGCAAACUCGUGAUAACAAAAAUCCAGUGAUAUUUGGCCUCUUCAACACGACAAGCAAUAUAUUCAGAGGAUAUGCUAUAUGUGUUUACCACAUGGCAAGUGUCCGAGCAGCUUUCAAUGGACCAUAUGCUCAUAAAGAAGGACCUGAAUACCACUGGGCUCUCUAUGAAAGAAAAGUACCUUACCCUAGACCUGGUUCAUGUGCCAGCAAGGUGAAUGGUGGGCUGUACACCACCACUAAAGACUAUCCUGAUGAAGCUGUGCAUUUUGCCAGGAGUCACCCACUGAUGUAUCAGCCCAUCAGGCCUGUCCAUAAGAGACCAAUACUAGUUAAAACAGAUGGAAAGUACAAUCUUAAACAAAUAGCAGUGGACAGAGUGGAAGCUGAAGAUGGGCAAUAUGAUGUUUUGUUCAUUGGCACAGAUAAUGGUAUUGUGCUGAAAGUCAUAACAAUUUACAAUCAAGAGACAGAAUCAAUGGAAGAAGUGAUUCUUGAAGAGCUGCAAGUAUUCAAGAUGCCAGUUCCUAUUAUUUCUAUGGAAAUCUCUUCAAAAAGGCAACAGCUCUACGUGGGAUCCGAGGCACUCAUAGCCCAGGUGAAGUUCCACCAGUGUGACAUGUACGGCACAGCCUGCGCCGACUGCUGCCUGGCUCGGGAUCCCUACUGCGCCUGGGACGGCAUCGCCUGCUCCCGCUACUACCCCACAGCAGUGCAGGCAAAGAGACGUUUCCGCAGACAAGACGUUCGGCACGGGAACGCAGCGCAGCAGUGCUUUGGCCAGCAGUUCAUUGGUGAAGCUCUGGAGAAGACUGAGGAAAGACUUGUUUAUGGGAUAGAGUACAACAGCACCCUUCUGGAGUGCACCCCUCGGACCUUGCAAGCAAAAGUCAUCUGGUUUGUCCAGCGAGCACAUGACACUAAGAGGGAAGAGGUGAAGACUGAUGAUAGAAUAAUAAAAAUGGACCUUGGCCUCUUAUUCCUGAAGUUGCAUAGACUGGAUGCAGGGACUUAUUUUUGUCAGACAGUGGAACACAGCAUUGUUCACACUGUCAGGAAAAUCACCCUGGAAAUAGUCGAGGAGGAACGUGUCGAUGAAAUGUUCAAUAAAGACUAUGAGGAGGAGAUCCCUCACAAAAUGCCAUGCCCAAUGCAGAGCAGUAUACCUCAAGCUUCAAAGCCAUGGUAUAAGGAAUUUCUUCAACUGAUUGGUUACAGCAACUUCCAGAGGGUGGAAGAAUACUGUGAAAAAGUGUGGUGUACAGAUAAGAAGAGAAAAAAGCUGAAAAUGUCUCCAUCCAAAUGGAAAUAUGCCAGCCCUCAGGAGAAGAAGGCAAGGAUCAGGCCAGAGCAUUACCGGCUGCCCAGGAACAUAGCUGACUCUUGAUGGACAAAAUCCAUACCCUGUUUCUGAGCAAAAUUUUAUUUGGACUUAAGAGGGAGAAAUCAGUCUUGGUUUGAGUAAAUUUCACAGGUUUAUAUAUGUAAAAUAUUGGGACUGAAAACAAAAAUGCUAUGGUAACUUAUAUUGUACACUCAUGAUGACUGUUUAGAAGCAUUUUAAACAAAAUCUUCCCAACUAUCUGGUUCUAAGUAAGUAAAUGCAACCAGAGUUUUGCAUUAGGGAGGAUGUGACAAUCUUCAGGUUUUGAGUGCUUGAAUCAGUUCCCUGUGUGGAUCGUGCUUGCGCUGUAUAUUGUUGCACAUGAUGGCAUAUUUAACAAAUUCAAAUAGCUAAACAUUCACAGGUGGAUGAAAAGUAUAAGAGAUAUCUUUUCUUUGUUUCACAAAUUUCUCAUGCUUCUGAAAGCAGCACGUCUUAAGAUCUUAUUCCUUUUGAUUGUGACCUGUCUGAGUUCAUCACUGAGAACAAUGAGUUGUGUUAAUACAGUGUAUAUUCUAAAGAUAAUGAAGGGAAAUCCUAUUUACUUUCCACCUUUUUUUCAGUAUCAGCCAUUUAUGAAGCACAGUGUGCUUCCACAGCUAAGUAAUAUUGCCUAGUAACUUCAUGUAAGCCACAUGCAUGCUGAGAACACAGACAGAAUGAAAUUCAUCAGUUUAUCUACAAAAGAAGUUGAAAUAAUGAUUUAGAUAGAAAACGAGUCCGCCUUGUAUUUGUGCAUUGCCUGAGUGGACACGAAUUAAGGGAUCGCCCUCUUGUGGCUAAAGAAAGCGAAACACGGUAUUUAAAUUACUUUUUGGAUGAAAUAUGUACAGGCAAAGAAGUAUUAGUGAGAUCCCCAGCUGGUUUGCUUUCAGCAGACACUUUUAGUCUCCAUGUGCUAAAGCCACAGAUUUAGAAGGCCGUUUUGGAAGUAAUUUAUACUGGGAAGGCAGCAUUUUAAAUAAGUGAUGCUUUAUGUUGAUAAUGUGCUUUUGAGGUAAAAUGCAGUCAUAAAAAGUUAGGAUGGAGAUUAAAAACAAAGCCAUCAUUAUGCAGCUGUAUUUCUAUAGUUUCAGGAUCUGGUCCACAUAAACCUUUUUCUGAUGUGUGAUCUCUGUUUGAAAGGGCUGCUUUGCUUCUCUUGUGAGUGAUACUAGGAAAGGAGAUCAAAAGAACUAAGUGAUUUACAAUCUAGGUCUUACAAGACUGACUUAAAAAAAAAAAUAUAUAUAUAUGUAUGUAU